UAAAACUCCGUCGUCUGCAACUGUCAAAGUAAUCUUGGAUAUGUUAACAUAUACAAUCAAUACGUAAAAUUUUGCGAAGCAAUCAUGUCGUAUCUGGCAGGAGGUAGAUUGAACGUCGGACUUAUUCAGGAACAGGCGAGAAACCGAUUGCUUUGUCUGUUGGAAAAAUGCGAUGGCCCAAAGGCUAUUAUAUGGGAUCAGUCGUUGGCCGGACCGAUUGGUCUGGUUGCCAAGUAUAAUUUACUAGAAGAGUACGGUGUUGUGAAAAUGUAUCCGCUGUACGGUGGGACUUUAACAAUACCACCUAACAUUGCUAAUGUCAUAUUUAUCUCGAGGCCACAGUUGGAGCUUAUGGACCUGAUUGCAGAGAAUGUUCAUGGAGAAGAGGGUAAGAGACCACGUAAAGAAUUUCAUUUGUUCUUUGUACCACGCAAGAGUCUACUUUGUCAAAAGAAGCUCCAGAAUCGCGGUGUCUUUGGCAGUUUUACACUGAUUGAAGAAUUUAAGUGUGAUCUCUUUCCAUUUGAUAAUGAUCUGCUCUCAAUGGAACUCAGUGGAUCCUUUAAAGAAUUCCAUUUGGAAAAUGAUCCCACUUGUCUCUAUCAAGUUGCACAAGCCAUACAAGGCUUGCAAAAGUUAUAUGGUAAAAUCUCGAAAGUCACAGGAAGAGGACCAGCUGCCAGUAAAGUUUGGGAAUUACUGGAGAGAUUAAAUAGAGAAGAGGAAGAUAAUAAAUCACACCCUGCAUCAUCUAUAGCCAUUGAACAUUUAUUAUUAUUGGAUCGAUCUGUAGAUUUACUGUCACCUUUAGUCACACAAUUGACUUACGAAGGUUUAAUUGAUGAAAUAUAUGGAAUAAAAUACAAUACUGUGCAAUUACCUGCAAGAAAGUUUCACGACUCUGAUGACUCUCCCACAGCAAUGUCUCUGAAUGAAAAGGAACAAAUUAUAUUAAAUUCAGGAGAAGAACUUUUUGCUGAGAUUAGAGAUAAAAAUUUUAAUGGCGUUGGGCCAGUUCUUAGUAAAAAAGCUAAAGUGAUUUCGUCUCAAUUUGACGAGAGACACGGAGAUAAGAGUGUGCAAGAAAUUAAGCAGUUUGUUGCACGAUUACCACACAUGCUAGCAACAAAACAAUCUUUAGCAAGGCAUACCACAAUCGCUGAGAUGAUAAAAGAAGUCACCGACUCGAGCAGCUUUCUAGAAUCAUUGCAAGUCGAACAAGAAUUGUUAAAUUGUAUCGACACAGACAAACCGAAUGCAUAUAUCGAAGAUAUGAUAGCGCAGCAACAACCUUUAUUGAAAAUUUUACGUCUUCUUUGUAUACAAUCGUUAACAAACUCUGGUUUAAAACCAAAACUAUUAGAUUACUAUAAAAGAGAAAUAAUUCAUACUUACGGAUACCAAUAUUUACCAACUAUAUUAAAUUUGGAAAAGGCUGGUUUAUUGAAACAGCAGCAGUCAGUACGACAAUAUGCAGUAUUAAGGAAAGCAUUAAGGCUCACCGUCGAGGACGAGAGUGAAGUAACACCGAAAGAUAUUAGUUACGUACAUUCCAUAUAUGCACCACUGAGCGUGAGAUUGGCGGAGCAACUGGUACAACCAAACGGAUGGCAAGGAUUGAACGACAUGAUAGGAUUAUUGCCAGGUCCUACUGUAAGCAGCAUUCCAUAUAGCGUACUUUUGUCAACGAGACGAAAUUCUAUUACUAGCGAAGACUCCAGUUCGGAACCACCGAAACUAAUUCUAGUAUUUUUCAUUGGAGGAUGCACUUUUGCCGAGAUAUCUGCUCUUCGGUUUCUAUCGCAACAGGAAGAGUUAAAUGUCGAGUUUGUCGUGGCAACUACGAGAUUAAUCAAUGGUAACACGUUUCUUACUUCUUUAAUGGAAGAUUUAGAACGGACAUGAGAAGAGAGCUAUUUAAACCAAAAAGUAUCGAAA